AAAUUCACGGACAAUCCGCCAUUACUAAAAACUAACCCCUAUUAAAACCCGUGUUUCCCACUAAAUUUCUCUUUCAAAUUAUUAACAUCACACCAUUAUUCACCACCUUUCUUCCUCAUAUAAACCCCAUAAUCAUUCUUCUUUACCUCCACAAACAGAGACUAAAAUACCAGAAAUAUGUAUUCAUCAAUGGCUUCCAAGAAUUACUCAUUUUACACCAUUUUUGUUUUCUUUAUCUUUGUAUUUACAAAUUCUGAAUUUUCUCCUUUAAUUGAUCCUCUUCCUAGUGUCUAUUUUUCCUUUGAAGAUUAUUUUCCCGGCGUGGAAAUUCCGUUGGGUAAAUGGGAAUUACUUCAUAAAAGCGUCGGAAUUUCUGCAAUGCAUAUGCAACUUUUGAACAAUGAUCAAAUCAUUAUCUUUGAUCGGACUGAUUUUGGCCCUUCUAAUCUUUCUCUUCCUACCGGAAAAUGUAUUAGUUCUUCUACUACAGAAAACGACGGCGUUGAUUGUACUGCUCAUUCCUUACUAUACGACGUCGUUUCCAACACAUUCCGUCCACUCACUGUUCUUUCCGAUACAUGGUGUUCUUCCGGGUCAGUGGAUCCUACCGGAAAGUUAAUUCAAACAGGUGGGUACGCUCUUGGUGAGCGUGUAAUUCGCACGUUCACUCCUUGUGCACGCGUGGAUGCUGAUUGCGACUGGGAUGAGCUUCCAGUCGCUCUCUCUUCACGACGUUGGUAUGCUUCAAAUCUGCUUCUUCCUGACGGCCACGUUAUCAUCGUCGGCGGUCGUGGGGCCCAUAACUACGAAUUCUUUCCUAAAUCACCGGGCCCACUUUACGGCGGUAGAUUCCUCCUCCAUUUUCUGGCUGACACGUGGGAUGGGAAGAACACAGAAAAUAAUCUCUACCCAUUCUUACACCUUCUUCCCAACGGUCAUAUCUUUAUCUUUGCUAAUAAUAAAUCCAUGGAGUUUGAUUACGUCACAGGAAAAAUCAUCAAGAAUUUUCCGGUGUUGCCUACUAAAGAAAGACGAAACUACCCUUCAACUGGCUCCUCUGUUCUUCUCCCCAUUAAUGGAAAUUCAUCUUCACCAGAGCUUGAAAUCUUGAUAUGCGGUGGCGCGUAUCCUGAGUCAUUUGAUUUAGCAGAUAAAGAAAAUGUAUACGUAGCAGCAUCUAGAACAUGCGGUCGUAUGAAAAUCACUGAUCCUCACCCGCAGUGGAGUAUUGAAACCAUGCCCAUGUCACGUGUCAUGCCGGACAUGAUUGUAUUACCCAAUGGUGAUGUUUUAAUCAUUAACGGAGCUGGAAAUGGAACAGCCGGAUGGGAAAAUGCGGAUAACCCGGUAUUGAAGCCGAUUCUGUACAGGACCUAUGAAUCGGAUUCAACACGCAGAUUUGUGGUUUUAAACCCGACAAAGAUUCCUCGAUUGUAUCAUUCUUCUGCAAUCUUGGUCGCUGAUGGACGGGUCAUUGUUGGCGGGUCAAACCCACAUGUAAGAUACAAUUUUACCCAUGGGGUUAAAUUUCCGACGGAAUUGAGUUUGGAAGCGUUUUCACCGCCGUACCUUGAUCAACAAUACGCAGUUUUACGACCGUCAAUCUUGGCCGUAGAAACAGAGAGUAUGACGGUGACGUAUGGUCAGAAUGUGUCUGUGACGUAUGCGUUGGGGAUGUAUAAGCAAGAGCUAGGAGUAAAAGUGACGAUGUUGUUGCCGCCGUUUACGACGCAUUCGUUUGGGAUGAAUCAACGGUUGGUGGUUUUGGGGGAGGAGAAAGUGAGUAAGUUAUCGACGUAUGGGUAUAAAGUGACGGUAAAAGUGCCGGAAAAUGUAAAUGUGGCUCCACCUGGGUUUUAUUUGUUGUUUGUUGUUCAUGCUGGGGUUCCUAGUCAUGGAGUGUGGGUCCAACUUAAACGUCCUAGCUCUUGAGAUUUAGAUUUGGUUUUUCUUUUUUUUCAAAUGGUGUUUUGGAAAAUACUUUUUUCAUUUUGUUCAUUUAUUUGAUAAGGAAUUCUUUCUUUUGUAAUUGUUCAUGAUUGUCAAUUGUAAGGAUUUAAUGUGAUUUGCAUUUAAAAA